AUGACGGAUAAUGAGACAAUAGCCGGCACAGAGGACGAACUUGAAAAUCAUGCUGGUGUGGCAUAUCCGCAUUUGCAAGAACUCGAAAAAAGGUUUUUCGAAGUUGUCGCUGAUGGAAGUGUCACCGAAGUACGGUUAUUCCUGGAAAAACAUCCGGAUUUCAAUAUAAACGUCAUAAAUUUCCAAGGCGUUAGUGCGCUGCAUAUUGCUGUUAACGAGAGAAACACGGCGAUGGUCGAGUAUCUGUUGUCUCAUGCGGACAUCGAUCCGGGCGACACGCAUCUGCACGCAAUCAGAGAUAAUCAAACGAGGAUCGCCGCGAUGAUAUUGAAUAAGCUGAAUGAAUUGACGCCGGGCCUCGAAUACGCCGGUGUCACUCACAGCCCAGAUUUCCCGGACGAUACAACGCCGCUCGCGGUAGCGGCACAAUACGGGCAUUUCGAGAUGAUUGAUAUGCUCAGAUUCCGACGUCACAUUCUACAGAAACCACAUCCGCCUAGUUGUAACUGCGACGAGAUUUGCAAACCGGAAAGGGAAAGAAGUGAUAUUCUGACCAUAGAAAAAAUGAGAUUGUUCAUGUAUAGGGCGAUAUCGAAUCCAGUAUACAUUUGUCAAACUGAAGAAGACCCGAUCUUAAAAGCUUUUCAAUUAUCGGCCGAACUUCGUAAAGAAGCUUCAUUUGAUAAAGAAUUCUAUCCCGAUUACAUAGCAUUGUCCCAUGAGGUGUCCCAAUUCGCCACAGACUUAAUCGGAUGCGCUCGUACCUCCGAAGAAGUCGAAUGUGUAUUAAGACAAAUCGCUGGUUUCGGUCGUACCUCUAGUUUCGUGUACCCCCGACUCUUACUAGCUUUGGAUUAUGAGCAAAAAACUUUUGUGGCUCACCCGAAUGUACAACAGCUUGUCGAGAGCAAGUGGAUUGGCACGUGGCACGAAUGGAAGGUCAGAAAUACGUGGCUGAAGUGCUUGACGGUAAUUCCACAGAUCGGCAUGCUACCAAUCAUAGCACUCGUCGUGUUGCUCGCACCGAACUCAAAACGAGCCAAGUUCUAUGAAAUCCCGAUUAACAAAUUUCUCUCCUCCGUGGCGAAUUACCUGAUAUUUCUCACAUUCGUGUUUUUGCAAUCGCGUAGCGACAAAACCGAACAGCUUCGCGGACCACCCAAUACUGGAUACGAAUGGAUUCUCGCUAUUUACGUGAUAUCGUAUGCAUUUGCAUUUGCUCGACUUUGCAUCGUGGACGGUCCAGUUAGAUGCUUCAGAACACGUACGAAUUGGUAUGAGCUUGUUAUGAUCGUAUUGUUCAUUCUGACGUUUCUCUUCUGGAUAGUUGCCGCAGUAGACGUUAGAAUAAAUGGUCAACGUGAUUUGGAAAGAAAAUACUGGCACAAAUAUGAUCCGACUUUGAUAGCGGAAGGGAUAUUUUGUAUUGCGACUAUCAUGGCCUUUUUUAAAUUAUUAUUUAUCUGCCAGCUAGACUAUGAUCUAGGACCUUUGCAACUUUCCUUAGUUAAAAUGAUCAGAGACGUUGGCCAUUUUGUCGCAAUAUUCGGUAUCAUCGUUAUGGCAUUCACAGUUGGAUUGUGCCAUCUUUAUCAAUAUUAUAAUGGAAUGGUGCAGACCGAUGACGAAUCAAAACUGAAGACGGAGCAAGAAAAUUCCUUCGUCGACUUCAAGUCCACACUAAAGACUCUCUUCUGGGCUGUUUUUUGCAUGAGUCCUGUAGAAAGUGCCGAUGUGAUCAUCGAAAACCUUCCAGGGGAAAGAGAGUCAGAGACAAUAAUCAAUCAUCAUAGCUUCACCGAAUUUAUCGGUUAUCUUGCUUUCGCCAGUUUUCAAUUUAUUUCUGUGGUAAUCGUUUUGAAUAUGCUAAUUGCGUGUAUGGCGAAUACCUUCACCAAAGUGACCGAUAACGUUAAUGUGGAAUGGAUCUUUGGUCGAACUGAAGCUUAUGUUGAUGUCAUGCUUACAACUACACUUCCACCUCCAUUCUGUAUUUUCUCGAUUUUCACGGGAAUGCGACCAGUGGUCGAGUAUAUGAAAAUACUAAUUAAACCACCACCUGGCAAACGGGCACGAUGGGACUUUAUAAAUUGUUGCUACAUAGAGGAUCUGGAAGAAAAAAAGGACAAUCAAUUCGCAGAAACCAUGACGCAACUGGUGCAACGUUACCUCCGUCAACGCGAAAAGAAAGCAGAAGAAACGGACGUGCAAAGGCUAAGAAAAGAAUUGAUAGAAUUCAGCAAUAUUCUGAAAGAGGCUCUUAGUCCAUCUUAAAAGAUAUUUCAUUGAUAUUUCAUCUCAAAGAAAUAUUUCUAUAUUCGCACCUUUAUAUUAAUUUUUUAAUUCUUUGCACAGUAUGUGUCAGAAAGCGUGAUAAGAUCUCAAUAUCUGUAACAAAGAUUAAUAGUUUUUUACUGUAUAGAAAAUAAGAAAUACUUUUUGUCAGCACACAAUUUUACUAAAAUUUUUAGUAAAAUGUGCCGUUUUUUUAUCUCUCUCGGAACUGCUACAAUUCUGGAAACGUCUGGGCUUGCAAUUUAUAAAUUUCGCGCAUAGUUCGCGUAGCGAAGAAUGUUAUUUUUACAACAUCUUUUUGCAUUGUGAGGGAUUGCAAAGCUUCGACCCCAGAUACCAGUGUUCGACCCUUCAUCAUAAAAUUCCCCGGGUGACGAGGCUGAAAAUACAUAUGUCGGACAUCUAUAUUUAUAUGAAAAAAAAAACACGAUCUCUUAUAUCCCGAUAUCCAUCACGUUUACUCGAAAUGUAACUCUACGUGCGUCUUAAUGUAAAUAUUAUGUACAAUGUUCAGGUCCUACGUUAUUUAGUUCUUUCUCGUCCGCAAUGUUUCUUUUCUCAAAUACCUUACGUCCUCUAGGCGACGUGGAUUCGGCUUGUUAUUUCGUUUUUAUUUUGAUGGUAGCGAAGAGCAUACAUCCGAGCUGGGUAAAACUCGAGUAGAUAUACGGAUGAUCAUUUGAUCGAGCGAAAGUAUCUUGUACAUAUUUAAAUUUAAAUGUUCUCGGAAUCUAAAAAUAUUUAAAGCAAAAAAUUUUAAUGCCCAAAUAUUUAA